CCGCUUUUGUUCGACGACAUCUCAUCGACAGGGACGGGAGUUGGAGGACUACGACGACGCAACUCUGGCGAUACACACACACACACGCGACCCGACGGACCCACCCGACUCAACACCGCACCCAGACCUUUCGACAGUGAGUACAUCGACUGACCGACCGACCGACCGACCGCCCGCCCGCCCGCCAAGAUGGAUUUCGCGGCGCUCAUGUCCAAGGAGCUGGACAAGUCCAAGGAGGCGACACCGGCCUCAUCCUCUGCCUCGUCCAAAUACCUCAAGCGCGCCGACGUCGAGGCGAAGCGCAGGGAAGAGUACCUCGCCGAACAAGCGCGCAUCGAGGCCGAGCGGGAGGCCAAGGCCGCGUCGAAACGCAAGCGCGAGGAGGACGAGGCGGCCGAGAAGAAGGUCCGCGAGGAGAAGCGGCAGAAGCUCGCCGAGGAAUCACGGCGGCGGCGCGAGGAGAAGGAGGCAGAGGAGGAGCGCGUCCGGCGCAAGCGGCUGGGCCUGCCGGAGCUCGUCAAGGCCAGUAGCGAAGACGUCGCCGAGGUCGAGGACGGCAUGGAGGACGUGCCGGACGGGGAGCUCGCCGGCAGGCUGCGCGCGCUGGGCGAGCCAGCGACGCUCUUUGGCGAGGGACACGUGGCGAGGCUGAGGCGGUACCGACGGCUCACGACGGUGGUCACAAAGGGCCCCAUCCCGACGACGUUGCAGCUGGUCGAGGAGAAGGACAUGAAGGUCGACGGCGCGGUGCCCAAGGACAAGGAGGGGCGGAGGUGGCUGUUCAGGCAGCUGGCGUCCUACUUCACCAUGGUCCUGACCGAGUACGAGAGGGCCAUGGAGCAGGAGCGGCGCGACACGACCGCGAGCAAGACGGCCUACAGCGCCAUGGUGCAGAGCCGCGAGAACCUCAAGCCGCUGUUCCGCAAGUUCGAAAAGUACGACCUCGACGAUGACCUCCUCGCGCCCAUCAUCGAGAUCGUCAAGGCCGCGCAGGAGCGCCGCUACGUCGACGCCAACGACGGCUACCUCCGCCUCUCGAUCGGCAAGGCCGCCUGGCCCAUCGGCGUCACCAUGGUCGGUAUCCACGAGCGCAGCGCCCGCGAGAAGCUGCACAACGGCGAGCGCGGGCACGUCAUGGGCGACGAGGUCACGCGCAAGUACCUGCAGAGCAUCAAGCGCCUCCUCACCUUUGCACAGGUCCGCUGGCCGCCCACCGACGUGCGGCAGCUCAUGGGAUGAUGACACGUUCUGUUGAGCAUCCUUUUCUUAUCUUUCUCCCCGAGACACCCGGGCGUGUCCCGGAUCGCGAGUCGGGAUGGAAACUGAGGGUGGGCGGGGGCCAUGCGAGAAAGAAAAAGGGAAAGAAGGCCGCGCCGCCCCCCCCUUACACGCCCCCCCCUUACUACUUAACACCUGGCGAUUGUUUGUUUAGUCCAACAUCAUGUAAUAUCGCGCUCACAACUAUCCUUCCGAGUUAUUGUGGCCCCUGACGACGUCCAAGCGAUGGCGACGGGUAUCCCGCAGGAAAUGGAAAGCGAAGCGCCGUUAUGGGGAACGGAUAACUGACUGGACCUGGCUGCUGCAACUAGUGUGGGACGGUGGACCGGAGAACACACGCAAAAAAAUAAUCAUAGAGCAGGGGGAUUGCCCUGGGAAUUUUCGGACUGCCUGAUGCAGGCUAGGAAGCAAAAUACCUGGUGGGCGGAUACUGUACAGAGGCGUGCGUGAUGGUUGUGGUUGUCCAGCCUUCACGCAUACACCCCUCUCUCUCUCUCUCCAGGGUUUGCUUGGAGACAGAAGCACGCUCUGCUCCGCAGAACCCCUGACGUCCUCCGCAAGGAAGCACACAGUGGCUCCACCCUGAUUGCCCCAUUUUGUAGACUCACCGGCCCUCAUCUGUAGUGCCGUUUUCUAAGUUACCUCUCACCUCUGCACCCUUACUUGAUAUGGGCGGUGGGGGCGGCGGAUGGAAUGUUGCUUCGGUGUGAUCAUGAGUCCCCCCGCCCCCCGUAACGCCCACCUGGUGAGAAUGAACGAAUAAUCACU